AUGCCCCUUCGCCAUUGGUUGCGUGCUGCAACCCCGCGAACAACCCUCGUCUGUCUCCCGCCCUCAACCUCACACAGCGCACGGCCUCUUCGUCAUAAACGAUAUGUCUCCUCGACGCCUCCGACAGCGAGCUCGAUGUCCAUACCGAUAUCUCCAGCCAUACCCUCACUGAAGAAAACGUGGUCCUGGCUCUUUCCCGAACCUACCAGUGCUUGCGAAUGCCCAACGCACACUAUUCCCCGGCAAAAGCAGACGUCGAAAGAGCAAAAAACUUACGCUCGUCAUCGAGAGAGACUUCACCGAGCUCUGGUCGACCACUUUCAUGAAAUCGAGCAGCUCUAUCGAGGAAACGUAGAGUACGUCCGGAGUAUGGGCGAACAAAAUCCAGGGUUGCUGGAAGACCUCGCGUUUGAAGGCCAACGACCGCCGUUUAUGCUCAUCGAUUGUUCGGACAGUCGAGUGAACGAGCAAGGUAUCUUCAAUGCUCAACCCGGUACCAUGUUCACUGCUGGAAACAUCGCCAACAUGUUUGACGAGACCGACAUGAACUCGAACGCGGUCCUUGCAUACGCGGUUGGCACUCUCGGCGUGAAGCAUGUGGUGGUGUUGGGACACUAUGGGUGUGGAGGCGUGGCUGCCUCGAUGACACCACUUCCCGAUGGUUGGGAAACCCAUGUGAACGGCGAAACAGCUUCGAAUGUUGCAUCUAUAACCGAAGGAUCCGAAGUCGCUUGCCCGCCUCCUGCAGCAAGCGAUCUGGCCGUUCAGAAAUGGAUUCAACCCAUUCGACAUAUCUACAACACGAGCGAGAGGUGGGAGAUUCGUGCACACCGAGAACGGGCGGAACGAUGGCGAAAGAACGGGAUCAACAACGGGCAGAGCAAAAAACCUCUCCAUAUGCAUGAUCCUGCUUUCCGUGCGCUCGUCGAGGAGAACGUUAAAGCUAACGUGAAACGGGUCGCGGUAAGUCGAGUUAUCAAGGAUCACUAUGAUGCACUCUCAAAAACGACGCCUCCGCCACCACCUCCCGCCGCUCUAGGAGCAACCAUUCCUCGACCUCCACCAACCUCAACCUCAAUCCCCACCGACACUCCCGAAGCCGCCACCACCGGCCCCACUUCAAAACCCUCACUCAACCCAGUUUACAUUCAUGGCUGGGUGUACGACCUCGAAACCGGCGUGGUGUCCGACCUUGGCGUCAGCGUUGGACCUCCAGGCUGGUCGACACCGAGGACGUAUUCGGGUGGGUUCCCUUACACCAGAUAG